GCGGCAAGUCAUCGGUUAUCGGUUCUUAACAUUUCGGCUUAACGUGCUUAAAACAUAUAUUAAAUUUAGAUACCACGCAAGCGACGGUACCCAAAAUGACGACGCCCACGCGUGCCUCUCUGGAGAAAGCUCUGAAGAGCGAUGAAAAGAUCCUGAAGGCCGCCACCCAAAUAGCCAAAGAUUUGGCCUCUAAAGCGUACGACAUAUCCGUCCUAGCCGAGGAGCUGGGCUUUGCGUUGUCCUCGCCGGACAUGGAGGAGAGAGUGGCCGGGACCAACCUGUUGUCCGCCGUUUUGGUGGCCCUGCCGCAGGACCUUCUCCACGAGCCCCAGCUUGUGUUCCUCAGCACAUUUUACAUGGACCGGCUUCGCGACCACCACAACGUGAUGCCAGCCAUCAUUGACGGCAUCGAUGCCUUGGUACACAUGAAGGCACUGCCACGCGCCCAGGUUCCCCUGAUCCUGCAGUCUUUCUUCGAGCACACUACCUGCCAGUCCCAGACGAGGGGCGACCGCACCAAGCUGUUCAACAUCUUCCAGUACCUGACGAUUAACUUUAAAGAUGAGCUCCAGACGAUGGCCGGCGACUUUGUCUACGGCCUGAUCAAUUCGAUUGACGGCGAGCGUGACCCCCGCAACCUCGACAUCAUUUUCAGUUUCAUGCCCGAGUUUUUGUCUACGUAUCCUCUGCUUCACUUGGCUGAAGAGAUGUUCGAGAUUUUUGCUUGUUACUUUCCAAUCGACUUUAAUCCCAGCAAGCAGGAUCCAGCGGCCAUAACUCGGGAUGACUUGGCCGUGAAAUUGACUAACUGCCUAGUGGCCAACAACGACUUUGCAGAGGAUACAGUAGUGCUGGCCAUAGAAAAACUAGAGAGUGAAUUGCUGGUAGCCAAACUGGACUCCAUAGAAUUGCUGCACCAAGCUGCUAUUAAGUUUCCACCCUCUGUUUUGGAGCCGCAUUUCGAACAAAUUUGGCAGGCUCUAAAAACAGAAACUUUUCCCGGAAAUGACAACGAGGAAAUCUUAAAGGCCUCGCUUAAGGCUUUGUCUGCUCUCCUGGAAAGAGCUUCGCAUUUACCCGAUAUAAGCCACAGUUACCAAAGCUCUAUUUUGGGAGUAAUCCUGCCUCACCUAAGCGACGUCAAUCAGCGUCUCUUUCAUCCGGCCACCGGAAUUGCCUUGGUUUGUGUGUCGGGUGAUGCGCCCUACGCCGCAGACAAGAUCCUCAACAGCUUUCUGCUCAAGCUUCAGGCCACAGACGCAGGGCCUGAACAAAGGAUAAAGAUUUACCACAUAGUAAGCCAGGUGUAUAAGCUUUCCGCAUUGCGAGAUUCUUUGCAAAAACUUGACACCACGAUACGAGAGUCGCUUCAGGACGAUGUGAUCGCUUCUCUGCGACUAAUCGAACAGGAUGAUUUCGAUGCCAAACAGGAGAACUUGGAGCUGCAGAAGGCGGCACUUUCUGUGCUCAACGAAAGUGCUCCGGUCCUAAGCGAAAAACAGCGCGCUUUAGUUUACAAAGCCCUGGUUCAGCUCAUCAGCCAUCCGUCCAUCGACCUGGAUUUCACCACACUUACGGUCAGCCUCGGAGCUCUGCAACCGGUGGAAGUACAAUCAAACUUCAUCGACGUCUGCGUCCGCAACUUCGAAAUCUUUUCAAACUUUGUCAAGCGGAAGAUAUAUUCGAAUUUGCUUCCCCUUCUGCCCCAAAUGGCAUUUACUCAACGCAUUUUGGAUUUGGUGUUGACGCAAUCCUUUAAAGAUACAACGGCAGAGCCUGUUCGUUUGCUGGCUCUAGAUGCGUUAAACAAACUGCUCUUAAUGGAGGAUCAGAGGUUUAUCGUGGACUUACAGCAGGAGUCCAAUCUGCUGCACAAGCUCAUUGAGCUGAGUCACACUGAGGGUCUGACACUGCAGUCGCUCGAGCAGAUAGCAGGCGCUUUGAGUCGUAUCACCCAGCAACUCCCCCUCUCCGAACAGAGCGCGAUAGUUAGCGAGUACCUUCCUGGUCUCAACCUUAAUCACUCUGCGGAUUUGUACGUUACUAAAGGUCUUCUCGGCUACUUGCAUAAAGAUAUAACGCUGGAUGAUCAUUUCGAGCGCCUUCUGACCGACUUAACGCAGCUGUCUCUCAACACGGAAAACGAACAGUUGCGCGUUGUCGCCCACCACCUGCUUUGCAGUAUGGUCAACAAGAUGGAGAGCAAUCCAGCCAACUUGGGCAAGGUCAAGAAGAUUACGGAACAGCUCAAGGUGGCCAUAAAAAAGGGCGAUGUGCGGGCGGUGGAGAUCCUCGCCUGGGUAGCUAAGGGUCUGGUGGUCGCGGGAUUCGAUGAGGCUGCCGAUAUUGUUGGCGAUCUCUCUGAUCUGCUGAAGCAUCCGAGUUUGAGUACCGCAGCUGCUUUGGGAUUCGACAUUAUUGCCGCUGAGUAUCCGGAACUGGAUUUGCCCGUAGUUAAGUUCCUCUAUAAGCAGAAGCUUUUCCAUACAAUCAUGGGAAAGAUGGGCAACAAGCUGGCGAACUACUGUGUGCACCACCUAAAGGCUUUCGUAUACGUACUCAAAGCCACGCCACAGGCAGUGAUCAAGCUAAACAUUGAGCAGCUAGGACCGCUGCUUUUCAAGAGCCUCGAGGAGCACAAUGAGGCUCAAUCGCUGUGCAUUGCACUGGGCAUCUGUGAAAAGUUUGUGGCCCAACAGGACGCUUAUUUCCAGGGGCACUUGGCUCAUCUCAUACCCAGCUGUCUGGAGCUGUCAAAAUACAAGGCCCAGCACACCAUGCAAGUUCGCAUUGCGGCACUUCAGUUGCUAUACGACAUAACCAAGUAUCCCACCUUCGUCCUGUUGCCCCACAAAGUAGAUGUGACUCUGGCCUUGGCCGCCGCCUUGGAUGAUCCCAAGCGACUGGUUCGGAACACGGCGGUCAAAGCCAGAAAUGCCUGGUACCUGAUCGGAUCAGCUAAUGAGAAUUAGCAGUGGAACAAUAAUAUUUUUGUUGAUACUAUAAAGCCAAUAAGCGAACGCACAAAUUUUAGGAUUCAUAAUUUUAUUGUUGUUUUUAUGGUUUACGGAAGAAUCUUAAAGGCGGCUAGCAAAUUUAAACGAUAGUAGUAAUAUUGAUUUAGACUCUAAACAAAUAAGGCUUAAAAAUUAUAUAAUAAACGCUAUAUAUCA